CUGAUAUCAUUCUAUCAGUAACAUAAUAUUUUUUCAUCUAGAUGAAUUAGUUCUCAUCUAAUGGAGGAUUGGAUUGUUGCUUCGAAAGGAGCCACCACUAGCAGGGAACGGCAGCCGUCAAAGACAACAAUAGAACUUCAUGAUCUUCUUAGUGGCAGACAUCAUUGGCAAGCCACUUCUCAUGCUCGUCCUACGUAUUGCAAUGUUUGCAGAGAUGCACUAUCUGGUGUUACAUCUCAUGGUCUAAGCUGUGAAAUCUGUAAGUGGAAAGUUCAUAAGAGAUGCGCUUCAAAGGCAAUCAACAACUGCAAAUGGACGACCCUAGCUAGUGUCAGGAAAGAAAUAAUAGAAGAUAAAGAUGGAAAUAUUUAUAUGUCACAUCAAUGGAUGGAAGGAAACUUACCAGUUUCUUCAAAAUGUGCAGUUUGUGAAAAAAACUGUGGCUCUGUCCUCAGGCUUCAGGAUUGGAGAUGCCUUUGGUGCAGGGCCACUGUUCAUACAGCAUGUCGACCUCUAUAUCCUGUUCGCUGUGAUCUGGGACCAAACAGGGUUAGCAUUGUACCUCCUACAGCUCUUCAUUCUGUCGGUAAAUGUUCCGACGAAGCUUGGGAAGCUGUGCGCCCGCAAGGGUGCUCCCCCCUCCUUGUCUUUGUCAACUCCAAGUCAGGAGAUAACCAGGGUGUGAAAUUUCUGAAGCGUUUUAAGCAACUCCUGAACCCCGCACAAGUUUUUGAUCUCAUUCCUUCUGGACCAUUUUUGGGCCUGAAACUAUUUAGGAGAUUUGAUCCAUUUCGCGUAUUAGUUUGUAGUGGAGAUGGUUCCGUUGGUUGGGUCCUAUCAGAAAUAGAUAAGAUAAAUAUAACUAAUCAAUGCCAAGUUGGUGUUUUGCCUCUUGGAACUGGCAAUGAUUUGGCUAGAGUUCUUGGUUGGGGAGCUUCUUGUGAUGAUGAUGCCAACCUUUCUCAUCUUUUGGAUAAAUAUGAAAAAGCAACGACGAAAAUGCUUGACAGGUGGAGCAUAAUGACUUUUGAAAGAUCGUUAUCUUUGCCCAAUGAGGAAAAAUCCUCAUUUAGCAGUUUCCUUCCUGCAAUGGCAGCCUGUGAGAAUAGUGUUGUCUUCCAUCUUAGUAAUAUUCUUGAAUCAAAUGAACAUCCAUCUAUUAUAGCUUCUGCAAAAGUGCUAUGUGAAACUGUCAAACAAUUCAUCACUCGGGCAGUUGAAAUAUCCUUAAGUCAAGGAGAUGAUGAGUUAAAUAAAAAAUGUAUAGUAAUCAGGGAGAAGCUUGAUCAGCUGCUUAAUACUUUACAUGAAGAAGGAUUAGAAUUGGAGGAGGAUGGUUUUGAAAAACAUAGUUUAGAGAAAUCAGAAAAAGAUGAAAAACAGUUUCCAAGUAUUGAAGACAAAAAUAAACUUGAUCAUUUAAAGCUGACGACACAGGAAAAAUUAAAGAUGCGUGCAAAUAGUCUCAAACGAGCAGUGAGGCAAUUAAUUGAACAUUCGGAAAAGGUGAUAGAUGAACAGAAUAUACCGAGGGAAGCAGAUACCAUCAUUAUAGAUUCCCUUGAUCCACAGCCUUAUAAGCAAAAUGACCGUGCAGAGUUAAUCAGUCCAUUGCCAACCCUUCGAAGGGACUCAAACUGCUCAACAAGUGAUGUUUUGACUCUUGACCUUCCUGUUCCUACCCAAUUCGCUGAUUCACGAAGAUCAUCAGCAUCACGUAUAAGUUCGCCGUUUCAUGGUCUAACUAGAAGUGAAACCAUGGAAGGUCAAUCGACAAACCCCAGAGUAAUUAUAGAACCACCGUCACCGUCUGGUGAGGACACACCCACUAGAAGAUUCAGUUAUGACUGUUGUAGAAAAUUGUCCGCAGCAUCUCCCUGCUCGAUGAUUAAGUCAGAUUCUCCAGACACAGUGAAACCAAUAGUGGAAAAAAAACUACCAAUUAUUAAUCCUUUGGUUAGACUUCCAACUUGGCCAAAUAUUUCUGGUCCAGGGCUUGUAAGUAAAGUUCUUCUUGCAAACGCUGAUGCUUUAUGUGCUGCAGCAGUACCUUUAAUGGAUCCUCAAGAAACUUUGCUUGAAGGGUUUAGAGAAAAAUGUGUUAUGAAUAACUACUUUGGAAUUGGCAUAGAUGCUAAGAUCACAUUAGAUUUUCAUCAAAAACGAGAAGAACACCCUGAAAAAUGCAGAUCUCGUGCAAAAAAUUAUAUGUGGUAUGGUGUUUUGGGAAGCAAAGAAUGGCUUCAGAAAACCUACAAAAACUUGGAACAACGUGUACAAUUGGAAUGUGAUGGACAAAGGAUUCCUCUACCUUCUUUACAAGGGAUUGUAAUUUUAAAUAUACCCAGUUUUAUGGGAGGAACUAAUUUUUGGGGUGGUACAAAAGAAGGUGAAGUGUUUUUGGCUCCUAGUGUCGACGAUCAAGUUCUUGAAGUUGUAGCUGUUUUCGGUUCAGUACAAAUGGCAGCUUCGAGAUUAAUAAACCUUCAACACCACAGGAUAGCUCAAUGUCAUACUGUGCAAAUUAAUAUUACAGGUGAUGAAGGUGUCCCUAUUCAAGUUGAUGGAGAGGCCUGGGUCCAACCUCCUGGCAUGAUCAGAAUAAUUCACAAGAAUAGAAUGAGGAUGCUUUGCAGAAACAGGGCUCUAGAGACAAGCUUGAAAUCAUGGCAGGAAAAGCAAGGAAAGGGCAAACUUAGGGCACCUUUACCCCAUUCUUUAUCUCAAAGUGAAAUGCAAAUGUUGAUUUCAUUUAUUGAGGCUACAACUACAUUAGUAAAGUGCGUUAAAGUACUGAUCAUUAAAAAUCCUUCUAUAGAAGCUGAAGUUUAUGAAUUAGCAGAUAAGACAGCAUCCAAUCUGGAAAAAGUUCAUCCUAGUGGAAAGAUACAACAAGGACCUGAGCUGCGUUUAUUAUUAACUUCAUUGGUUAAAAGUGCAAAAGAGCUUCAUGAAGGGGCUUGCUUACUUCUGAAGGAGAAAUCAAAUUCCUUCGAAAUGGAAUCAGAACUGGAAACACAAUUAAGUAAUGCCAUUACUAACAUGGAGGGUGAACUUAGGAAGUGUCAUAUAUCAGAAUGUGGCCAGUCACUUGUUUAUUUGCAGCAGCCUCCUGACGACCGAAAAUCAAAAAAGGGUUUGUCUUGGUUGAAGUUCCGUAGGGAGAAAACUGAAAAAGGAGAUUUCCCAAAAGGAGUUUCAAGAGAUGUCAGUUCUUGGGGUGUUCAAGAGGUUAGCUCUUGGUUGGAAUCUUUGCAACUUGGAGAAUACUGUGAGGCUUUCACUAGGCAUGAUCUCCGAGGUCGCGAAGUGAUGACCUUAACAAGGAGAGAUCUUAAGGAGCUUGGAGUGACUAAAGUUGGCCACGUGAAGCGUUUGCUGCACGCCGCCAAAGACCUCAAGGAUCACCAGGCCUCCUACGGUAGUGGCUGAAGAAGGAACGCGGUUCGAUCAAUAACGUUAAGCAAUAAUCUCUUAAUAGACUAGACAGCUAAGGUUCCCAUCUCUACCCUAAUGUUGCUCUUUCAGCACUAGGAAAGACACAACUUUUUCUGACCAAAGUUAGGUGCUUUCUAUCUCAGUAUUUUCUUAAGCUUCAGCUCUUCUUUUACAUUAAGUACAUUUACCCAAUACAAGACCAAAUAUUUGUAUCAAAUUUUAUUUAAAAAACAAAAAAAAUGAGCACAUUUUUCGUAGUGAUUAAAUUAAAACUAGUGUUUGUAUAGUUGUUUUUUUAAUAUUUAAAAUCUUGCAUAUUGACUGAAAAUGCCUUUCAUGUUUCACAUCGUUUUUAUAUCAUACGAUUCUACCUUUAUAAAUUUAAUAAGAUUACUGACUAAUAUAGAUUUAUAUGUUAUAGUUAAAAAACUAUCUGUAUAAUUUGCGAUUUGCUAAUUAUAGCACUUGAUCUCAUCACUAUUAAUAUAUUAUGAUAUAUUUAUAAGGUAAAUAUUUAUAGAAAAUACUUUCAAAAAGUAAUAUUUAUAUCUAAACGUAAUUUUAAGAUUUUCAGAAUCGGGACCAACGUUGAGGUCUCCAUAUUGCUACCAUUUUUUACCCUACUCACUGAUAUUACGGGUCUUCAUUUAUCAUAUUUGCAAUAUUUUAAUCUUCCUCACUGGAAUAUUAACAUUAUUUGUAUAUAUAUUUAUCAAUUUAAUUCACAUAUUGAUUAGGAGUAAUGUUCUAAACUCUUCCCAAACAUUAGUUUCUUCUUCUCGGGUGGGAUAUAUCUCUUAAUAUGUUCAUUACAGUAUUUAUAAUUUAGGUUGUAUAAUAUGCAGUAUUGUGUUACCAUUGUACCUUAAUAGCAAUAAUUCAUACGAGAAGAUUGUUUAACAUUUUGUGUUAAGAUUGUUUUGUUUUUUCAUAUGCUUGCUCUUGUAUUUACUCUUAAAAAUUAGUGCUAAUCAUUUGAAAAUAUAAGUCGAUCUUAUUGAUCACAAUAAUUUUUCUAAUCUUGUAGUCUUCAUUUGGGAUACAUGUUGAAUCUCAGUUCAUCAAUAAGUUUAAUCUUUAUACUAUUAAAAUUAAAGUAUGUUCUUAUUCCAUCAAUGUCGACUCCUACUAUUAUUUAUUAGUAUUGAGACAAAGUUUCAGCCACCUAAGUUUUUAUUGUUUUCAUCAAUUUUUAUUCUCAUACAGGAACAAUUAAUUAUAUUUUCUUGUAUUAAAAAUUCAUUAAAAUGGGAAAAAAGGUAAUAUGACAUAAAUCAAGAUUAUCAUAAUUAUUUGUUCCUCUAUAUUUUUCUCAUGCCACUUAGUACAACAAUUAAGACGGGAAGGAGAAAAUAUCUAUAUAGCGAACAUAUCUAGCCACCAGAGUGAUAAGGUCGAGAUUGUUUCCUUAGGUUUUCCACAAAAUAAUUUUUAAACCUCUUAAUACAUAAGAGAAUCUGUACUUUUAUUAUCUUGAAAGUUACUCCUAGAGUACAUGCUUAUCUGACAGAGUCAUUUGUUCUGUAAUAGUUCUGUUCAUGUUUCAUAGUCUUAAUUUUAAUUUUUAUGGGUUUUUUAAUACAUUUUUGUCAUUUUGAUUAAUUUCUAGUUACUCUGUAAGAAAUCUUUGUUAUAUUAAACUCUAACGAAAUAAGCUUACUUCAUAUAUAAUUCAAUUUGAAAUUGAUUAUGACUUAGACGAAAAGUUGCUAUUUCCUAAUGGUGGAGAAUUUAUUUUUAAAAUAUACUGUGAUAAGGACAUGACUCUUGGCAUUUUUAAACUGAAACUAAAGGUGGUUGAAACAAUCUUAAUUUUAUAAGUUAAUGCUCUUUCUGCCUUGAAAUGAACUUGUAUAUUAGUAAGUAUAUAUACAUAUAAAAAGCUUUAAAAUAUCUAUAUAUAUAUAUAUAUAUAUAUAUAUAUAUAUAUAUAUAUAUAUAUAUAUAUAUAUACAUACAUAUAUAUAUAUAUAUAUAUAUAUCAUAUACAUACAUAUAUAUAUAUGUAUACUCUUUAAAAAGAUAUUAUUUUUACAAUAUUAAAAAAAAUAAAAUAAAAAAAUUUUGUUUUUAAUUGUGAAAACCAUCUUAAUGACCACUAACUAAACAUUACUUUCAUAAAUAAGACUGGUUAAAGUAAACAAAAGAGCAGGAAUAUAAUGGAUAAAUUUCAUACAAACUUAAAACUCUUGAUUAAUGAAAUUCAUGACAAAAUAUUAAAAUUAGAUUUAUUUUAAGAUAAGAUGUUUUAAUAGAUUUAUUUUAAGGAGAUAAAAUUUAAAAUAUGUAAUAUAGAUAUUUGAACAUGAUAUAAUUUAUACAUAAGUAAACUACUAUGAUAUAAAAAUUCUAUUUAUCAUUAAAUAUUUAAUUAUUUCAAAAUGGGUUUCCUUUUAAUACCAUUCAUCAACUCUGUUUCUUUUCUUUGUUCGUAUAGUUUCAUUAAUAUUCAUUUGUUAUAUUUGCUUUUAGAAACAGGGUAAAAAUAACUUGGAGAUUAUUUAUUAAUGUUGAAAAACUAGUCAAAACACUAUCUUCUUAAUAUUGCUACUAAGUUUGGCAGCAGUUUGUUAUGACAGCUGAUCAGACAAAUCUAGAUACCAAUAAGUAACCAAUUUUCUAAUAAAUUAUUUUCUUGUAGUACAAUACUACAAAUUCUGUUAGAUUGUUAGUAAUAGUAAUUCUAUUCAUUGUGAAAGUUUAACAUAAUUGUAUAAAAAUCUCAUAUUGUUAUUAAUCUUGUGAAUGGAUGUUAUAAUCUAAUUCAUUCCUCCCAUGCUGUACUUGCCUUAUCUGCAACUUCAAGCUUUUCAUUGAUUAUAAUUAUUUUUCUCCUCUUUACCCUGCCGCAGUAACCAAUAAACAAGUAAUGAUCCGGUUUAAAACAUUAUAAUUAAGAUGAUCCAACAUCAUAUACUUCUAUGUUUAAAUCAAAUAUGUCUCUCACCAAUAUACUGAGUUUAAAAUUGUUGUCCCCUUCCUUUUGUUGACAAUGCUUUCUAUUUCUUUUAUAAUGCUCUUUCCUUAUAUUAAUCCUUUCCAUAUUGUCGAAACCUGUACUCUAAAGUCAAUAGUGAGCUCCUGUGAAUAUUGUAUUAUUGUUAGUUUGGUAGUUUAAUUUUGCUGAGACAUUUAUCCAGAUAUAAUAUUUUUAUAGCUAUGUUGAUGUUAUAUCUAUGUAAGUUUAUAAUCAUUCUCUUAUCAUUAGCCAAAAAAAUUAUUCUUUUUUCUUCUUUAAAUAUAUGAUGACAUAGGAUGUCUACCAGACCUGGAAUAAAUGGAAAAAUCAGGGAAUUUUUUGAACAUAGAAAAGUCAGGGAAUAUUAUGGGAAUUAGAAAAUUUUAGAAACUAUAAGAGCACCAGUUAACUGUUAUGAUACAAAAUCAUUGUUGCUUACAAAAAGUCUACAGAGUAGUGAAAUAUUCACAAAUAAUUUUAUUUUAUUGUUUCAGUAAUAGUUAUUGUCAAUAAUUACAACUAUUGGUUAUAUAUUUCUGUGCCAAAAAAAUUUAAAGUUAGUUUUACAGAUGAUUUGUUUUACUGUUUUGAAUAUCACUCAUGCUGCUUCGAUGUUUUAUUGCUCUGGGAAACAUUAUUUGUAAAGCUGUUUAAUUUUUGUUAGAUUUCUUACAAACAUUUAAGUUAAUUUUCUUAUAAUACCUAAAUUAUUGUGGACCAGUAUUUAAAGUGUUAAAUAUUACACCUAAUAUGUAAAAUUAUUAAUAAUAAACAUCACUUUUUAAAAAUUUACUAUUUCAGUGACCUGAAAUUUUUUCCAAACAUAACCUAGAAACGUCAGUUAAUUCCAUAAAAAGGUUUCCAUAGACACCUUGUAGUAAGUACAAACUGAUUUGCAAAUCCUUAACUUUUUCAUGAGAUUUUGUACUACCUUUAAUUUCUUAAGUUAAAAUCUUUUAAACCCAAAAUAUUUUAUUAUUUGUUGCAUAUAAAACAAGUACAGUCUGUUCAUUAAUUAUUUUUAAUCUGAUAUUGUAGUAUUGGUACAUUAUCUUUAGAUAUUGGAAGGGAGUAAUUUUUAUAUUGACUUUUAAUUGUAAUUGUAUUUCUCUGUGUAAUAGUUAUAUUAAACUCAGUGUGUUGUAGGAUAUUUAAUGGAACUAUUUCAAAGUACCACUUUGCCUUAUGCAUUGUAUAAUCAUUAGAAUAAUCUAUAGACUGCCUGAGAGUACUGUAUCUUCCCUAGAUGUUCUUCUGCACCCAUAGUUUGUAACGCAUAUAUGCCUUUUAUGGCACUCCGUAUGGUGUUUUGUGCAUUAUCUUCUAUUUUGAUAUUACCUAUAUUAAAUUUUUAUGAUGCUUAUAUUUCAAUUUCACUUGCAUCAUAUAAUUCCUACAUGGUAUUAAAUUGGAUGUCAUCAUAUUAGUUUUUAAAAUUUAUCUUAUUCUUCCUUCAUCUUAAUUCUCCUUUUUUUAAAUAUAAAAUUAGUUGUGAUUUUUUUUUUUUAAAUAUAAAAUUAGUUGUGAUUUUUUUUUUUUUUUUUUUUUUGUAUAUUACGACAUUUUUCUGCAAAUUUAAUGUGAUAGAUUACAUACCGAUUUUUCUCAUUAUAUAACAUUAGUGAUAGUUUUAUGUAUUGUAUUUACUUUUCAUCAAUCUUCUGUUUUUUCUUCCCUUGAAUAACCAGUGAAUCGGAACCCAUAAGUAUGAUUUACACUGAUUGGAAUGAUUAGGACUGAAUUGAAAUUAUUUAAUUUCCAAUAGUAGUUUUAUUCCAUGUUAUAUUCUAAAUUACUGUUUUUUACUAUUAUUUAAAUGAGAUGAAGGAUAAAAGAAAAAUGUUCAUGUAAAAAAUUAGUCACUACAAAAAAGUUUUAAUUUUUUACGUCCCUUAAGAAACAUUAAAUUUUAGUAUUGUUUAUGUUUGUGGAAUCUAGAUCUUGAAUUUUUAUGAACAUCUAAUAAGAACUUUAUUAUUUAUGCAUGUUAAUUAUUUUAACUUUCUUCUCUUCUAACUUUCUCCAGAGGUCACAAUAUUUGACUUUAAAUAUAAGUAUAAAAAAUAUAAAAGAAACAUAUUUGACUUUAAAUAUGAGUGUAUAAAAGAAACAUAUUUGACUUUAAAUAUGAGUAUAUAAAAGAAACAUAUUUGACUUAAAAUUCGUGACUUGUGAGCAAAGUUGUAAGAGACACGAUAUAAUGAAACAUCUAUCAUAUAAAUUUUAUUUAAAUUGUUUUGGUAUUUUUAAUGGGGAACAAAAAGUUUAACAAAUUUGUAAAACUUUGAUAUGAAUAUUAGUACCCUGACUUUAUAACAAUUGUUGAGUUGUGUAUUAGAAAUUUUAUAACUACUAUAGAAUUAAUUAAUAAUUAAUUCAAUGAAUAAAUGAAAAAAAAAAGGAGAGAAAAGCAAAAACCUUAAACGAAAAAAUUAUAAACAAUCACUUCAAUUCUUCAAAUAUUUAUAAAAUUUGUCAAAUGUGAUGAUUAUAAGCGCAUCUUAUAAAAUGCAUGAAUAUAUGAUUAUUACAGAAUGGCAAAAAUAUUUCAUUUACUUUGACAAUGAAUACAUUAAAGGAUAUAAAUAUUGUUUUUUGUUUUUGAAAAAUUAAUUUUGGGACCAAAAAUUACUAAGAUAACUAUUAUUGUAUAAGUGUUUGGUAGAUGUUAAUAUUCUUCCUUGAUUAGUUUUAGGUUAUGAGUCAUUUUUUUUUCAUAUUUAAUGUAUGUUUUGCAUAUUUUAAAUCUUCCAAUUUCUUAUCUUAAUUUUAUACUCACAACUGUUUUCAUCUCCUACACUGAAAACUAACAAAAAAAAAAAUAUGUAUAUAAAAUGUCACUAUGUUUCAUCUCUCACUUUUUAUGUUUUGUCGUUUUUUAUAUGAAACUUCAACUAUAAAGUUAUUUAUUCUUUAAAGAAAUUUAAUCAUAUUUUACUAUGAGUGAGAAAGUUAGUAUUUAUUCUCUGGGUCUACUGUAAAAUGAAUGUUUAGCCUCUCCAAUAGGAAUUGAAUCAGCACAGCUUUGAAGGUUCUUAUCAUUAGUGAUGAUGUUAUACGGCUCUUCUGCACCUUUCAUUACAAGUUAAUUAAAAUUUAAUAUUCUGUAAUAUUCAAUAAAAUAUACUUGAAGAAUUGUGGUAUAUUAUAUGUGAUGGUGGUGCUAAGAUUGGUUGAAAACCUUUGAGGAUUAGAGAUCAAUUUUAAUAUCGCUGUGAAAUAUUAAAGUUUACAAAAGUGCAGAAAUAUGUUGUUUACUAUAAGUUUUAAUUAUUUAAGAAAUCUCUGAUGUUUAUUAUUUAAGACUUUUACAGUAUAGUUAGUAAUUUAAUAGUGGAUAUUUAUGAGCAUGAUGUGUGUAACGCACAAUUCUGAUGGUCCUGUUGUGUAUAUAUCUGUUUUAAAUGUACAUGAACGUAUUAUUGAACUCGUACACUUGUUAUUACUCUGUGAUAAAUCACCAUGAGUGAUCUAUGAUCUCUUCAGUAUUAAACAGUGCUAUUUGGUUAUUGAAUAUAUAAUCUUUUUAAUGUUUUUACGUCUUUACAAACCUAAAAAUGGUGGUUCUUCUUAAAUUCUUUUUCUUUUUCCCUUGAAAAGAUCAUUAAUUCUGAAUCUUUAACAAGUAUAUUUGUUUAAUCUAUAAAGUUAUUUGUAUAUAUAGUUACUUAUAUGUUGCUCUUGUGUUUAAAAAUGGUGUGUGCUUAGUCCUUAAGUUUUGUAUAUUAUUUUUUAUAGUUUAUCAUGCAUGAUGAUUUUGUAUAAUAUAAGUUGUUAUUGUUAACUGUUUUAUCUUUUUACUGACAGAAUUUUUAUAUUUAUUUGGUUUUUAUUGAUGGCUGUGCAUUUUUGAACAACGAAAGACAACUGUAACUUUAGUAAUAGCGGUUUUCCUGGCCUAAUUAUGUAUAUUUGUUUUUUAAUUCGAGUCACAUAGCUUAUAUAAUACUUUGUUAUAACAGAAAAUGAUCUUUUUAAGAUUUAUGCAUAUCUCAAUAAUUUAAAAACGUAUUUAUAAUUAUCAGCCUUUCAAUAAAACUCUUUUGGCUUUAGUGCACAUUUAUUAUAUUACAGUAAUAAAUUGGACGAAGUAUUGUAACCUUUGUUCCUUGAAUUUUUUUUCUUUUUGACUUAUAUGGAAAUAAAUUAUCUUGAUAACAAAUUUAUUUUUCUAUUUAUUGAUACCUGUUCACCAUACAUGUUAUAAAAAAAAAACUUAUUUGCCUAUGGAUGGAACCAGCCUCAUCAUCUUUUAAAAUUUUCAUUGAUGUUUUUUUCAAGUAU